GUAGGGAGGGGUUAGAGGAGUGACGUAAACGGAAGAUGGUAAACCUUGUAGUGUGGGACCAGGGAUGUUGAAGAGCUAAAUAAAGAAAGAAGUUUUGAACUGCGGUUCUAUGUCUUUGCUCGAGGGCCUGCACCGUGGGGAAUCGCGUGGUGCAGACCUGGGGGUGGGUGUAUUCAAGACAGGGUUUCUCUGUAUCCUGGCUGUCCUGGAACUCACUCUGUAGACCAGGCUAACCUCGGCUUAAGAGAUUCAUCUGACUGCCUCCCCACCGCCGUCUGACUGCCAUAAUAUCCUGCAAGCCAUCUAUUCAUUAUUCCUGAAAGAGAGACUCAAAGAAAAGAAACAACAAGAAAUGGUUGAUUCUCCUGUAUACAUGCCCCAGGGUCUGUUGACCUUCAGGGAUGUGACUGUGGACAUCUCCCUGGAGGAGUGGAAAUGCCUGAACUCUGCUCAGAGGGCUUUGUACAUUGAUGUGAUGCUGGAGAAUUACAGCAACCUUCUAUUUGUGGAGAACUAUUGCAAAUGUGAUCCUGUCCAUCACCAUGUGAAGAAUGAAAAGAAGUCUUGUCAGUGUAAUGAGCUUGGUAAAGUGCUUCAUGACGCCUCCACAUGUGCAUUCUAUAAAACAAGCGAAACUACAGAAAACUCUAGUAACUACAGAUGCAGUAAUCACAGAGAUGACUCCAUUGACUCAUCAAACCCAGAAAGACAUGACAGCAUGCACACUGGAGAAGAACCUUGCAAAUCUAAAGACUUUGAAAAAUCUUUAAAUUUGUGUCCCAGCAUUAAUAAAGAUCAGAGAUUCUCCACUGCAAAGAAGGAGCUCAGGCAGGGAGAAUAUGAUGACUGUCUCGACUCCAUAUACAGUCUUUUGCAACAAAGAGUCUACGUUAAAGAGAAACCACACCAGUGUGAGAAAUGUGGGAAAUGCUUCAGUACUGCCUCAAGCCUCAGCGGACAGCAGAGAAUCCAUACUGGAGAGAAGCGCUGUGAGUGCGAUGUUUCUGACAAAUCUUUCACUCCAUAUACAAAUCUUAAAACACAUCAAAGACUCCACACUGGAGAGAAGCCUUACAAAUGCGGUGACUGUGGCAGAUCCUUUACCCACUAUUCAUCUUUUAGAAGGCAUUACAGAAUCCAUACUGGUGAGAAGCCUUACAAAUGCGAGGUCUGUGACAAAUCAUUUAAUCAGUGCUCAAGUCUUAAAACACAUCAAAGACUUCAUACUGGGGAGAAACCUUACAAAUGCAAAGAAUGUGGAAAGUCAUUUCCUCAGAUGUCAGCAUUUCAUAGCCACCAGAAAACGCAUACAGGAGAGAAGCCUUACAAAUGUAAGGAAUGUGACAAAUCCUUUGCCCACUGUUCGAGUUUCAGGAGACAUCAGAAAAUCCAUGCUGCGAAGGAACACUAUCCGUGUCUUGAGUGUGGCAAGCCUUACGAAUGCAAUGAGUGUGCCAGAUCCUUUACCCACUAUUCAUCACUUAAAAGGCAUCAGAGAAUUCAUUCUCUAGAGGGAUUAUACAGAUGUAAAGAAUGUGAUAAGUCCUUUAUCCAAUUAUCACAUCUUAAAAGGCAUCACAGAGUCCAUACUGGUGAGAAGCCUUACAAAUGUGAGAUUUGUGACAAAUCCUUUACCCAGGACUCAACUCUUAGAAUACAUCAGAGAAGACUUCAUAUUGGAGAGAAACCAUGGACAUGUAAAGAAUGCGGUAAGUCUUUUAAGUGGUUAUCUCACCUUAAAACCCAUUGCAGAAUCCAUACUGGAGAGAAACCUUACAAAUGUAAGGAAUGUGGUAAGUGUUUUUCUCAGCUGUCAAAACUUAAAAACCAUAACAGAAUCCAUACUGGAGAGAAACCUUACAAAUGUAAGGAAUGUGGCAAAGCCUUUACCCACUGCACAGCUCUUAGUACACAUCAGAAAAUUCAUACUGGGAAGAAACCUUACGCAUGCAAAGACUGUGGUAAAUCCUUUUAUUUGUUGUCGAGACUUAAGGAACAUUACAGAGUCCACACUGGAGAGAAACCAUACAAGUGCAAUGAAUGUGGUAAGUUCUUUCAUUGGUUGUCAAACCUUAAAAGACAUUCCAGAAUCCACACUGGAGAGAAGCCUUACAAAUGUGGAGAAUGUGACAAAUCAUUUAACCACUGCUCAAGUCUUAAAGCUCAUCAAAAAAUUCAUGCUGGGGUGAAAUCCUUUAAAUGUGAAGAGUGCGGCAAGUCCUUUUAUUGGUUGUCGAACCUUAAAACCCACUACAGAAUCCACACUGGAGAGAAACCUUACAAAUGUGACGAAUGUGACAAGUCCUUUUCCCAACGUUCUCUUCUUACAAGGCACAACAAGAUCCAUACUAGAAAAAAAUAUGAAUAUGAGAAACUUAUGAGUGAUUCAGAGCCACAGAGUUGGUCCUAGCCACACCCACUUAGCAUUAAAAAGAAAAAAGCACUCCUGGACAGAGAAUAAUUAUAGAUGUGCAUGCAGUAAAGACAGUAAAAUUCAGAUGAAAAAGAUGUCUAAAUGGGUCACAGUGUUGGAUAAAUGUACAUAGGCUUGAA